UUCAUCCUGCUGGGCAUCCCUGGCCUGGAGACAGCCCAUGUCUGGAUCUCCAUCCCCUUCUGUGCCAUGUACGCCAUAGUCAUCUUGGGAAAUUUAGCCAUCCUAUUUAUUGUGAAGAAGGAAGCCAGUCUCCAUGAGCCCAUGUACUAUUUCCUCUGCAUGCUGGCCGUCACAGACCUGGUGUUGUCUACAUCCAUCCUGCCCAAAAUGCUGAGCAUCUUCUGGUUCAAUUCAAGGGAGAUCGAUUUUAAUGCCUGCCUCAUCCAGAUGUACAUUGUUCACUGCUUCUCAGCAAUUGAGUCUGGGAUCUUCGUGGCCAUGGCAUUGGAUCGCUACGUGGCCAUUUGCCAUCCCUUGAGACAUUGCACCAUCCUGACAAACUCUCUGGUGGUGAAGAUUGGCCUGGUCAUUGUGUUGCGUGGCAGCAUUCUCGCACUGCCCUAUCCCAUCCUGACAAGGCAGUGGCCAUAUUGCAAAACCAACAUCAUCGCUGAGAUAUUCUGCGCUCACGUAGCUGUAGUGAACCUGGCCUGUGCCGACACCCGCAUCAGUAGUUACUAUGGCCUCUUUGUGUUAUCCUGUCGAAUUGGCUUGGAUGUGUUUUUCAUAACCCUGUCCUACAUCCAGAUCCUUAGGGCAAUCUUCAACCUUCCCUCAAAGGAUGCCCGGAUCAAGACUUUUGGGACGUGCGGCUCCCACCUUGGUGCCAUAUUAGCCUUUUACAUCCCAACUCUAUUUGCCUCCCUGACAUCCCGUUUUGGUCACAAUUUGCCCCGUUAUUUCCAAGUUUUCAUUUCUAAUGUGUACCUCCUGGUUCCCCCCAUGCUGAACCCCAUCAUCUAUGGUGUGAGGACCAAACAGAUCUGGAAUAAGCUACUCCAGCUCUUGACUCAUAAAGGGACUAAAAUUUUCUCCUAAGACUCUGG